AUGGGGAACAAGACUGUAUUUCGAUCUUUGAGGAAAACAGAGAUCGCAUAAAUUAGACGGCUGUUGCACGGAUAACUUUUAAAACAGAAAAUAGCCGUCGUUUUUGCGGCCUGCAGUUUCAUCCAAAAUGGCGGACAAGCCAGCGGAUUCGGGAAGUGAUGACAGUUCUGACGAUGCCGUCGUUGGUAAUCUCAACAAAUUUGCCGUGGUGCCUCCUGGUUACACGGGCAUGCCUAGGAAGGGACAUCUCAUAUUUGAUGCCUGCUUUGAAUGUGGGAAUCUUGGGAGAGUAGAUUACAUCACAGAGUAUGAGUACGAUCUUUUCAUCCGUCCUGAUACUUGCAAUCCUCGUUUCCGUGUCUGGUUCAACUUCACUGUUGAGAACGUCAAAGCAGACCAGAGAGUCAUCUUCAACAUCGUCAAUUUCAGCAAGACCAAGAGCCUGUAUCGGGAGGGUAUGUCACCUCUAGUCAAAUCAUCCAGUCGUCCUAAAUGGCAAAGAAUUCCCUCCAAGAAUGUUUACUACUACCGAUGCCCAGAUCACCGUAAGAACUACGUCAUGUCCUUCCCAUUUGCGUUUGACAAAGAGGGCGACACAUACCAGUUUGCGUACUGCUACCCCUACUCCUACACUCGAAUGCAAACCUAUCUGGCUGCUAUCGAGAAACGGAAACUGAACUACUUUGACCGAGAGCUGCUGUGUCUUAGCGUGCAACAAAGGAAGCUAGACCUGUUGACCAUCUCAGCACCAGAGAAUCUUGAACCCGAUGUCAAACAGCGUGUGGUGUUUGUCACGGCCAGAGUGCACCCUGGAGAGACCCCUGCGUCCUAUGUCUGUCAAGGACUGAUAGACUUUUUACUGAGUCAGCACCCAAUAGCCAAGGUUCUACGUGACCACGUGGUGUUCAAGAUUGUGCCAAUGCUGAAUCCUGAUGGAGUUUAUCUUGGCAACUACAGGUGUUCCCUGAUGGGUUUUGAUCUGAACAGACAUUGGCACGAACCAUCGCCCUGGGCUCACCCCACGCUACAUGCCAACAAGCAUCUGCUCAUGGAUAUGAACGCUAGUAGUAAGAUGGAUGUAGAUUUCUACAUAGACAUCCACGCCCACUCUACGCUGAUGAACGGUUUCAUGUACGGCAAUGUGUACGAUGAUCCAGUGCGCUACGAGAAACAAGCCGUGUUCCCCAGACUGAUGUGUGCUAACGCUGAAGAUUUCUCAAUGAUGAACACAUCAUUCAACCGUGACGCAAUGAAGGCAGGUACAGGGCGCCGGUUUCUGGGCGGUAUCCUAGAUGAAAACUCACUGUGCUAUACGUUAGAGGUCUCCUUCUUCUGUUAUGCAACUAACGGUGGCAGCACGCUGGUGCCGUAUGAUGAAGAAGGAUACAUGCGUCUUGGACGUAACCUAGCCAAGACAUGUAUGGACUACUACAAGCUAACAUCACUCAUCCAGCCUAAACCCACCAUCCUGCCACUCAAUCACACACAGAGACGGAAGGGGUCAUCCAAAGGUCACAGGUCAGAGGGCAGGCCACAUUCAGAAUCCCGCCAGUACCAGUCCCUGAGGGCAGAUGUCGUGUAUGACAACCACAGUCUGAGUGCCCAGAGCAUGAACAGCAUGGCGGUACAGUUCAGAUUACAGCACAGGGAUAUACAUAGGAGGUAGACAAGGCACAAGACUUGGAGGGCAGUAGAAAUAUCUGACAGGGCAAUAGUAACGGACUAUAGCCCCCACAGAGCAUGAACGGCAUGACGGUACAGUUCUGGUUACAGCACAGGGAUACACAGAGGUAGACAAGGGACAAGACUUGGAGGGCAGUCUGACAGGGCAAUAGUUGAAGAUUAUUGCCCUCGUAGAGCAUACAGUGUGGAGACAGUAAAUAUGAUGUCAUGCACUCACUUGUGAUUGUAUCACACUCUGCUACUCUGUGUACAGUUUCUGUUUGUGUUGCUGAAUUGCCUAUUUUUGUUCCCAAAGAAUCUGUUAAGUUAAACAGAAAUAUAGCCCAUUAAGUAAUUGAAUGUAAUGUACUGGGUGCAUUGUGUACAAGACUAGCACAUGACCUUGAACAUAUACACCCGAUUGCGGUGAAUAAUGUACAUUUGUAUUAAAGACCACACAUAUGUUGUAUAUAGCAUCAGACUCCGUCCAAAGAUUGUUCUGUAUAAUAAAAUUGCAGAAUUCUAAAGAACACGCACAGCCUUAAAAUGACCAGUGUCCAUAUUUAAUUAAUGUUUAUUAAUGAAUGCUUUAAUUACUUUUAACUUAAUGUAUUUCCUUUAAAAAACCAAAUAGCGUGUAGUUUAAAGUAUACUUUAUUUUUUUUUUUGUCAAAAAGUUACAGUAUUUUGUUUUGACAAAAGCAAAAGUUGAUCAAUUUUCAGUGAAAAUUUGUGAAUUUCAGUAGGAUUUGGUAUUUACUGGUGAGAUAUAUUUGCGUAUUUUAAUUAAAAUUUAAAUAAAGAAUUUGAUAAUGAGUGUGACAAUGGAGGAGAACAUUAACCCUAGCAGAAAGACGCCAUCUUUUGCUCAUGCCUCGUGAUGUGUCACUUGCCUUAAGCUUAUCUUCCCUCCCCCCCCCAAUCCUCCUGGCAGCAUUAGGCGACUCUUUAAACAAAGCGACGUUUGCUGUGAAACAAAAAGCGUUUGCUCAGUAACAGGUGCAUGGGGGACAGGCACGCCAAGAUGUCUGGCUCGUAGUGCGACGGUCUGAGAGUGGGGUCAUCCGUUAUAACUUUGCGUUCAUUCUUUAUCUAGUAAGCAUUUUGGAUGGUGUCAAUCAUGUCUAGUGGGGCAGUUUGAUAUGUGACCAGCUCCAACAAAUUCAAAACAUAUUACAUAUUUAGGCUUUAAUUUGGACUAAACUUUAGGCUUUUUUUUUUACAACAGACACAAACAGAGUGAAAUUUUGCUCAAGCAAUUCAGCCAUAUUUGUUAUCAUGUGUGAGCAGUACUCAUACAGGCCAAGCAUUUUUGCAUGUUAAUUUGUCGAACUAGAAUUAGGAAUACACACCGAUGGAAAGGGGUGCUGUUGUGAGCUGGCAAAAAAGCGUCCUUUACCAAAGUUUGUUAAGCAGUUAUUUCUAAUUAGAAGCUCUGUGGCAUUGACACUUGUGAAGUAAGCAAGUUACUUUCCCCUAAAAUCAAGAAACUUUCAGUGGACUCGCUUUUCGUCACCUUAUAGCCUACAUACGAGUAUAUAGAUCACUUUGGUUCCGACUCGCCUCGGAUUCAUUUGAAGGGUUGUAGUCACUCUGUCUGUGCUUGGUCUCAGCUGUACACACCUCGGUUUAUUGACGGAGUAAGCCAGAUGUGUGAUAAGUCUGCUCUAGUAAACUCAAUUAAUCCCAAGUUUGACUGAUGGCUGAUCAGUGGAGAUACUGCGCCAUGCCUGGAAUUCCUUGGGAGUUCAAUAGAUAUUGCACAGUGUUCUUAGGGGAAGGAGGCUGGCCUUUAUUGCAAAAAGUUACUGGCGCUGAAUUCAUUGCACGUUUCAGUGGGACAUUACAGAGUUGGGUCAAACCAUACAGUGUUAGUAUUGUAACGGACUAGGCUAAUGUGUGAAGUGGGCAGUAGCCUGAAUGGGCAAUGUCCAUAACUAAAAGGACAACCAACAAAAAAGACACAGCGAUACAGAAAAUGUUACAGUGGUAAUGCUGGUGGCUGGAGUAAAUGGCAAAAGCAUGUGGAAAGUAAUUAAACUGGAAACAAAAGUAAUAAAGAGGGGAAAAUCCAGAAAUAAAACCACAGAGACAUACCUGCAAACCCUUUUGAUGUGACUCCAACCUGCUGGACAGCAAAAGCCGGUUUCAGGUCGACUUGUGAUUUGCUCGCACUGUGAGGGAACCAUCGGCAUCAAGUGUAAAACUCAUGAUCAGGUAAAAGAAACCUGAGAAAUCAUGUGAUUGUCAUGGAACGAGCGGCAUCUUGACAUAGAACAACUGCAACCAUGCUCACGUCACGACGAUUCACAAUAAAAUUAGACGAUCCUGGUGCAGGUACAACAUCGUAACUUCACAAAGGUCGAUUGCGAUUGAUUCCCACAUGUCGGGACCACGUUCAGGCAUGGCACAGAAGUUGAAACUUUUUACUCUUGUGACUUGAAUUUGUUUUAGCACCAAUUGAUGCCGAUUGUCUUAUUAUCAUCUAAGUUACUCUCACGUUGCAAAAACACGUGAUUGUAAUAUUCCCAACGGUCAUGAAUCAGGCGCAGCUUGAUCCUAAAAGCCAGUCGCAGACUGUUCUGUCUUGUAGUAGCAAGAUCCAAACUGAUUGUGGCUUAAAAUGACCACACCUCCACCACAAGCAGCACAUUUUGGUACAUUUACUUGGUCUCUAACUCGCUUGAAAGAAUGGAAAGUAUGCACAACCAAAGAAAAGUAUGUCUGUCUUUGUAGUGGCCUGCCAGUGCCAGGGCUUGACAAGCUUGGGCAGUCAAAGAAUUUGAAGCAUGGGGGUUUUGUUGUUUUGGGAGAAGUAACUUGGGGCAAGAAUGUAGGUGCUUAAAGAUAUGAGAAAUCAAGUAAAUGUUAUUUGGCAGGCUAUUUAUUACAGUAUGAGUUGGAAAACUCUAGUCGACCCAAAUAGAUUUUGGUUUCCAACAGACAAACUUAUGUACUAAUUCUCCAUUGAUUUAUCUGGGUAAAAAUGUCAAAAAUAUGUGUCAACAUGAAUACAAUUUUACACCAGAAAUUGAUGUCUCUUUAUGUAUUUUAUACAGAACACUCCUUGGGUAAAA